CAGCCUCGGCAAAACCAUGGAGGCCCCACGUAGCAGGGAGCAGCAAGCCAGGGAUUACUUGAAAACACACCGGAUCAUGGAGCUGCUGGACCACCUCACUAGCGUGCUUCUCUUUGUCAGGCCAGGAAAUCCAAGAGAAUACUUAAUUUCUGUGUUGGAAUAUAUGAAAAUUGCUAAAGAAACAAAUGUACCUUUUCCUUACUUUAUGGAUAACUCUAACAUCACAGCCAUGUUUGAGAUGCUGGAUAACUCAGGCAAAGGCACCAUAUCGUUUUUACAGUAUAAAGAAGCCCUAAAAACCCUGGGUCUAUGCGAUGCAGAUGAAGUUUUAAGUGAUGAUGGACAUAUAAUAAAUCUGAAUAAGUUCAAGAAGGAAGUGAACAAGAGGACUCAGGCAAUAUGGUCGUCAUUUUAAUAACACCAUAAAUUCAAGAUAAUAAAUGAUUCAGUAAAGCUGUCACUUGUCCAGUUUCAUUAAUU